AUGAGCGCACACGACUGUCUCACGGACGCUUCAUUCGGCCCUGCAGUGCAAGGCUGUCGAGGGAACUUCGACUUCACGCUUGCCUUUGAAUUGUAUUUCUUCCUGAUAGCUCCUGCGUCUAUAUUUAUUUUAAUUGCGCCCACGCGCAUCUACUUGCUCUUUGCUAGAGACCGCUGUGUCAACGUGCCAUGGCUUCAACAUCUGAAAUUGAUCAACAUUAUUGCCUACUGUAGCCUGCAACUCACUUUAAUCGCCCUCUGGUCAGUACGACCGAUACCAGCAGCUCCAGCAGGAAUAGCAGCAUCAUGUCUGAACACGGUCGUGGGUUUACUCCUCUGCUUGCUAUCUCCACUGGAGCACUCUCGCAAUUUGCGCACGUCGUCCAUCCUCAAUGCCUAUCUACUAUCUGUCUUUCUCGAUGCGGUGGUCCUGCGCACCCUAUGGCUUUCGAGUUAUGAUACAGACAUCCGGAACGCAUUCACCGCAGCAUUUACAGUGAAAGCGGUCCUGCUCCUUCUUGAAGCAGUGGAGAAACAACGCUAUUUCAUUUCCGACAAGGACCGACAGCUCAGUCCUUAUGCUAAGAGUAGUAUCUACAAUCGCGCGUUUUUCUGGUGGGUGAAUCGACUUCUCGCGCUUGGAUAUCGACGGCAUUUAGAGGCCAAGGAUCUCGAUCCCUUGGAGUCUGCUAUGGCUGCUGAAGUCCUGGAUCGACGGUUCUGGGUUGCGUGGCAGAAGACUUCAAAGGAUAAACGUCGCCUGAUAUACUCACUGAUGACGGCCAUGCCAUGGGAUCUGCUGAGUCCGAUGGUCCCUCGAUUGAUUCUAAUUGCAUUCACAAUUGGACAACCGCUCUGUUUGCGACGGUUCCUUGACUAUCUUCAAGGAGAUAGUGACAAGAUCAAUAUUGGCUAUGGCAUGAUCGGUGCUUAUUUCCUGAUUUACUUUGGUAUUGCGAUAUCAUCUGGAUUCUACUGGUCAUCAUGGCUUCGCUCCCUAGCAUUGAUGCGCAGUAUGUUAAUGACAGCAAUCUUUGAGAAGACCCUUCAAGCAAAGCCAGAUGUCGCCAACGACAAGGCUGCCCUCACACUAAUGAGCACCGACGUUGAUCGCAUCGUAAAUGGACUGCGUGAAGUACACGAGUUAUGGGCCAAUGCUAUCCAAAUCAUCAUAGCAACAUAUCUACUUGAACUGGAACUGAAAUACGCCUGUGCUGCGCCAGCAGUAGUGGCAGUCGGCUCUUUUGUCUCCAUCACCUACUUGUCCGGAUACACAAAGCAGUUUCAGAAGCAGUGGUUGGCAAAACUACAAGUCCGUAUCGGCGAGGUAUCUAGCAUGCUGGACUCGAUCAAGGGGAUUAAGAUACUGGGACUCACGCCACGAUUACACGACAUUAUUGCCGGUCUCCGCCAGCAAGAGGUCAAUGCCUCUAAGCCCUUUCGACUUUUGGGAGCUGGCACGUCGAGUAUUGCUUUGUUGCCGCAACUCAUUUCGCCUGUGCUGGCGUUUGCAAUAUAUGCAGCCGUAACGCUACGUGAUGGCGGAAUCCUUGACGUGUCUCGUCUUUUUACGUCUCUGUCCAUCAUUUCACUUCUUUCACAGCCUUUGUUUACCUUAUUCGGGUCGGUGGUGAACUCACGAGCUGCUAUUGGUUGUUUCGAGCGCAUUGAAGAAUACCUUUCUCGUGAGAGUCAUGUCGAUUACAGGCAGGACCGUGAAAGUGAUCCGGAGUCCUCGUCGAAUGCAAAAAGUGGCAAGGCAGUAAACGUGAACGACUAUGAGAUGGAAGAGUCAAUCGAAAGAGACACCAAGACUAGAAAAUCAGUCUCGAAUGUGAUUUUCGAAUUUUCGAAUGCAUCUUUUAGUUGGGCUGACACUGACAAACCCACCCUUCGCAAUAUCAGCAUGACCAUCGAAAGGGGAACAUUGAACCUGAUAGUUGGCCCAUCAGGCGUAGGAAAAUCGGCAUUACUCAAGGGACUUCUCGGCGAAUCCUCCAAGCUGAGUGGUUCAGUAUAUUCAUCCGCUACAGAAAUCGCCUGGUGUGACCAAACCCCAUGGCUUAUCAACGACACAAUCUGCCAAAAUAUCCUCGCUGGAUCUUCAAUGGAUGAGACUUUGUACUCGACAAUCAUCCAUUGCUGUGAUCUUCAAACGGAUCUGGAGAGUCUGCCAGCAGGGGACCAGACAAAGGUUGGCAGUAAAGGUAUUUCACUCAGUGGUGGCCAGAAAAAGAGAAUUGCGCUUGCGCGUGCUUUGUAUUCGCGCAAGGAUGUUAUGGUAUUGGACGAGCCGUUCAGUGGCCUUGAUGCUACUACCGAGAAACAUAUAGUCCAGCGCUGUCUUGGACCGAAUGGUUUACGACAUCAUUGGGGUACGACUGUCGUUCUCACAACCAACUCAACUCGCGUACUUCCAUUGGCUGAUCAAAUCGUUGUUGUCGACAAGAACGGAACUAUCAGCGAGCGAGGCAGCUAUCAGUCUCUGGUUACGGCGGGAGGGUAUAUCGAGCGUGUCCAUAGUGAGAGGCUAUCCCAGCUUCUACAACAGGCCGACCAAGAUGAGAAUGAAAUCAACGAAUCUGUGACAUCUCCACGGCCGAAGAGCAGCACACAGGGCAAUUCGACGAAGCCCAACGGCCAGUCCGUCCAGAAGCCCAAUGCUUCACCAGCAACCACAGCAGUCAGUGACUCCUCAAUUUACCGGUUCUACCUCGAAGCUAUCGGGAUCUGGCCAAUGGCAAUCUUCAUAUCACUAGAAGCCAUCUGGGCAUUUUUAUGUGUCUUCCCAGUUCAAUGGCUCAAAUGGUGGGCAGAAGAUAAUGACAAACACCCCAAUAAAAAUCUAGGUUUAUACCUGGGCGUCUAUGCCACACUCCAAGUAACAGCCCUUGGCUCAUCCGCUCUCGUAACCUGGUUCGCCUUCAGCUUUAUAGCCCGCAAGUCAGGAAUCCAGCUUCACACCGUCCUUCUCAACGCUACACUCUCCGCCCCCUUAAGCUUAUUCUCCAAGAACGAUAGUGGCCAGAUCCUAACACGCUUUUCGCAGGAUAUGCAGAUGGUGGAUAUGAAUCUGCCCUUGCAGCUACUGACCAUGGCUCAGAAUUUGUUUGUUUGCGUAGCUCAGGCGGGCCUGAUCGGAGCUGCGGUUGGAUGGGUAGCAGUAAGCUAUCCUGCUUUGAUAGCGGUUCUCAUUGCUAUUCAGCGAUUCUAUCUCCGAACCGCUAAACAGAUGCGGCUGCUUGAUCUUGCGGAGAAAGCGCCAGUCUAUACGCAGUAUCUUGAUGCAUUGGCCGGUUUACUUACGAUCCGUGCCUUCAAAUGGCAGACCAGAUUCAGGACUACGAAUUAUAGACUGGUAGACAAUUCGCAGAAACCUUGGUAUCUCUUGCUCAUGGUUCAGCGAUGGUUACUCCUUGUUCUGGACCUUGUCACUGCCGCACUUACUGUGCUUAUUGUAGGUAUUGCGGUCAAGUUGCGCGCAUCUAUUGGCACAGGCGGUGUUGCUGUUGCUCUCGUGCAGAUCAUCACGUUAUCGAGUUACCUCAACCAACUCAUUACAACGUAUACUUUGCUGGAGACUACCUUGGGUGCUAUCGCGCGUAUCAAGAAGUUCCACGAAGACGCAUCCAUUCUGCCCGGCGGAACGCACAACGACAAAGGCGAACAACCACCUCCCAACUGGCCAGCAAAGGGCGAGCUCAUCCUAGAAAAUGCCCAAGCCUCAUACGGCGAAGACGAAAAUGGACAACUCGCACUUGAUGGAAUUUCGAUGAAAAUCCGCCCGGGCCAGAAAAUCGGUAUUUGUGGCCGGACUGGAAGCGGUAAAAGCUCUACUGUCCUGGCUCUUUUGCGAUUGUUAGAGCUCAAUUCGGGUCGUAUACUGCUUGAUGGACUUGAUUUGGCAAAUUUAAACCAAGAGAGUGUUCGGUCACGGUUGAAUGGGCUCCAUCAGGAGUCCUACUUUCUCACGGGAAGUGUGAGACUGAACUUGGAUCCGUAUAAGACUCAUGAAAGUGAUGGCGAUGAGCCUCUCAUCAAAGUGUUAAAAACAGUACAAUUAUGGGACGUCAUUGAGGAGAAAGGAGGUCUCGACGCGGAGCUGAAGAAGAACUCGCUCAGUCACGGACAGCAGCAACUGUUCUGUCUGGCGAGAGCGUUGCUACGACCUGGGAAAGUGGUUAUCCUUGAUGAAAUUACGAGCAGUAUGGACCAGGUCACGGAUACAGUAAUCCAGAAAACUAUAUUGUCAGAAUUCACGGACAAGACAGUUCUCAUCAUUGCGCACCGACUUCAUACGAUCAUGGCUUGUGACCAAGUGGCUGUGAUGGAUCACGGCAAAUGUGUCGAGUAUGAUAACCCCAAGACGCUUCUUGCGAAGAAGGAAUCUAUGUUUAGCGAGUUGGUUAGGAACUACCAUGAUAAGGAUGGUUCCUAGAUGUUGAUUGAGAUACUCUGUACUUGGCGACUGUUGUAUGCACUAUGCAUACGAAAAGGGCCGAGCCUUAAAAACAUUCGUUGGUGAGAAAUUCAGGAAUGGAUGACUAAGCAAUCAUCACGUGCAAAGAACGUCAUGGAGGAAACCCAAUCUGAUUGGUGGGAGCUUGAAAACUUAGUUUAACCUCAGGCAACAUACGAUGUUUGAUAUGUUUGCCUGUAGAUUGAUAUGGAUAUCAGCAGUUAAGUGCCCAGAAUUGGCCAGUGACAGAAUGAUGUUUCUUCAAGCAAUAUCAGGUCCAAGCACUCGAAUGAAUGAAGGCACAUCUCGUAUACCCAAGGGAGUAGAGCUCCGAUGCCGGCGCAUAAAAGAGACUGAAAGAGUACUAGGACAACGAUGAA